GCGUUCAUCUUUCUUUCAUGCAUGUCAUGUACUUCGAUUCGAAGACUUGGAAGUUUAAGUUUCGAAUUAAAUUAGUUUACCAUGAAAAAUACUAACUUUAGUCGUUUUCCUCCACCUCUUUCCUGUCUUUGAUGUCCCACUUAAUCAAACCAUCUAGACAGAUGACGGCUAUGAAUGACAAGGAUGCCAAGCCAGUUGCAAUGACUGGCUCUACGGACCAGAAGGUGAAUCCUCCAUCCCAGAGGGCUGAUGUCAGUCCCUCAACCUCGCCCCCAGAGGACGCACAGCAAACGCAGCCCAAGAUGGUUCCGGUUGUGUUGAGUCGCACCCGCGUCAUAUUCGACUGCUUGUUUAUGAUGGCAGGCAUGGUGACGUACGUAGCGGAUAUGGGCACUGACGUUUCAGUUGCUGUCCAGUAUGUCGUGCUCGAAGAGUACGCCUGGAGCGGUCUGACCAUCGCCUUCAUCGUCAUUCCAUCGCUGACCAUUCAGUACCUCAGCUUCCGAUGGUUCAUUGUCGACUCCAAGCAGAGCUCGAAGACGAACCACGUGCCGUUUCUAAAGAAGGUGACCGACUGGAUUCUGUGGCUGCUCUUCCAUGUGCUGCAGCUGGGGGUGUUGAAGAGAUACUGGCGUACUGUCAAGUAUGGUUGGCGUAGUCAAGACAAGCCUGAUUACUAUGACCUGAGCGUGUACGAGUAUCGCGAUAUCACGAUGCUACGCCUGCUGGAAUCGUUUAUGGAAUCCGCACCGCAGCUGGUGCUGCAGAUAUACAUCAUGACGCAACAGAAAGAUAUCUACUGGCUUACAGUAACUUCAGCGAUAGUGUCUUUGGCCUCUCUGGCCUGGGGCAUCGAGGCCUACCACAAAGCGCUCCGCGAGUCCUGCAGCAACAAGAACAACCUGGGCUACGUCGGGCUGACCGUCCGCAUGGCCUGGCGGACCUUCACCAUCACGGCCCGCGUCAUCGCGCUGGCGCUCUUCGCGGCCUUCAGCAAGUGGAUCUUCAUUGCCUUAGUCAGCAUCCACUACGUCUUCAUGACCCUGUGGCUGGUCUACCAGGAUACCGACUUCUGCACGACGCGGCUGGAAGAGGUGCUCUUCGACGCCGUUAUCGGGGUCAUCCACAUCUUCUGCUUCUUCAACAUGAAGGAAGGCCGCACGCGCUACCGGGCGCUGUUCUUUUACGCGAUCGUCCUGAUUGAGAACACUAUCAUGUUUGCGCUGUGGUAUCACCACGGCGGUCGGGACGAAGUCUACGGAAAACCGGCUUUAAGUUUCGUCUGGGGCGGAUUCUUUUUGGGACUGUUCAUAAUGCUGUUCUACUACCGGUGUCUUCAUCCGAACGGUAAUAUCCGUCUCUGGGGAGGGGGAUCCCCCGCUAAGCCCAAACCCGCGGUGGCAAUCCAGGACGGACACGCCCGUGCAUACGACAACAACGGAGUGGACGUAGUCGACGGCCCCUUAUCGUGGGACGAAGUUGUGAUUCCUUCCAGCACCCGAGGCUGCCACGGUAACCUGUUCACCCAAAAAGGACGCCGAUACUGCUACUGGCGGGACCAGGGCGCACCCUGCCCGUGUGACGAGCCGUUGGCCAAUCAGAAUGCGGCUACGAGGGAACCUGCCUCCGUCGAUCACGCCAUGGUGGUCGUUGGGGACAGUGAGGAUGACCGGAAUUGCGGUUGCAACGGAGACGAGCAGAACAGAUUCAACCAUAACGUGAAGGAGCGAAGAGAGACCUGUUUGUAGAGUUCAACCAUACCAGGUAACCAGUCAUACAGCUAGAAUUAAGAAAGGGGCGCAAAUAUGAAAAGCAUUCAAGUCCAAAAUGCUGCAUGUGUAUUUUCUUUGUACAUGUAUAUUAGAGCUAGUUGUCACUGUGUCCUACAUGCAUUUUUCUACUCAUUUGCACGCCAGUUUUCAUGGGUUGCUAUGAGCGACUUUUCAACACUCCAGACUCAAGAACCAUUGAGUUUGAAAGUAAAUAGGUCUGGGCACUAGACAAGGCAAUGUAGGAAGCUCACAGAUGUAUGCACCGCCUAUACGUAAUUCAACCGGCUGUAGAUUUUCACCUCAAGCCCCUUGGUAUGACAAAAAUUGCUCUCCAAUGGCAUUGUGUGUGAAUUAAAUUUCAUCAAAGAUUCCUGAUUUUUUU